CGGCAUAUCCAUGAAAACGAGAAGUGCAUGACACACACUACACUCACCUCAGCUCACUACUCACUGCUCUCACUCUCCGUCAUGGCAACCAACGCCAACACCACCGCCGGUGAAUGCAUUACGGCCUUCUCCGACAACGGAACCGUGGAGAGCUCCCGUUACUUCCACGCCCGCCGGACAGUCCUGGAGAUGCUCCGCGACCGCGGCUACGACGUGCCGGACUCCGAGUUGACUCGCUCCCUUGCCGAGUUCCGCUCGCUCUACGGCCAAAUUCCCGACGCCGAAACCCUCCGUAUCUCCGUCUCACUUCGCUCUGAUCCCUCCAAAAUGGUACUGGUUGUCUUUAUGGGACCCGUUGAUAUUAUUAAAAAACAAACUCUAAAGAGUAUACAUGACCAGAUUCCAGAUAAAGGAAAAUUGAAUGGACUGCUAGUUAUUGUGCAAAGCAAAAUGACCUCGUAUGCAAAAAAGGAACUGAUGGAAAGUUAUCCAUCUAAAGUUGAGAUUUUUGAGAUAACUGACUUGCUGGUCAAUAUGGCAAAGCAUUUGCUGCAGCCAAAGUAUGAGGUAUUGACAGCUGAUGAGAAGCAAGCACUGCUCAUGAAACACAACUUGGAAGAGAAGCAGCUGCCACUCAUGCUAAAAACUGAAGCCAUUGCUCGCUAUUAUGGAUGGGAGAAAGGACAAGUUGUGAAGAUCACUCACACUGGUGGCCUCAUUCAUUCUCUUGUCACUUAUCGCUGUGUGGUGUGAUGCAAAAUUAAAAUCACAAAUGCAAUGCAAAAAUUUUCGUAACCAAGCAAACAUCCUUAUUUACUAAUAGACUGAUGUAUUGUACUGCACAGUUUGCACUUAAUUGGACAUGUUGCUAUGCAUUCUUAUUUAGAUGUGUAAAUUCAUAACAAUGGUGAUCAUUCGACAUUUUGGCAUGAUCUAUGGAUGGAUUUUGAAUUAAAAAGUUGUUUAUUUUGAAUAUUCUGUGUUUUUUUUUUAAAUACUUAUAUUAAGAAAAUAAUAAAAUAAAGUUUUGCAAAUAUAUAAAACUAAGUUCAUUGUUAAAUAGUAUUGCAUGUCACCUAAAUAUACAGGCACGCAAAAUUUGUUAUAGAGCAUUUUUUAAAAUAUCGUCAUCAUUUGUAUAAUAAGAAUAGAACGAGAAUAGUGUGUUUGAUGAGUUAUGGACGACGGCAGAAUUUUGGUGGAAGAAAAAAUUCUGGUACAGACAGAAGAUCAGACAAGGAGAAGAUAAAGGCAAAAAUGGAAGCGAUACCAAUUUUUUUGUGAUGACUGAAAAAUUCAAACCAGAAUGAAGAAGAAAAUUAUGGAUUCUAGACACAAUGGUUGAAAACCUGAAACCAAGAACAUACAUAAAACCAAAUAAAAAAUCACAAGUCACACUCGGCAUGAUGAUAAGGGGAAAGUAUUGCAAGUAUAGACACCCCAAACCAACUUUAAAGUCUGGUCUAAAGUAAGUCACGCCAAGACUGUAAGAAUUCUAUGUCUAAGUGUGGCUUGGCUACACACAUUUUUGAUGCAGUCAUGAUCUAAUAACGUCUUAGUAGACGUCGACCUUGAGAGUAUGGUCAGAUACUGAGAUACAUGGCGCAAUGUUUUCAGU